UUCCACGAUUCCUUUCUCCCUCGCUCUCUCUGUCUCGCCGCCCCCUUCCCCCAUCCUCCUCCCCCACCCCACCCCGCCCCACCCCGCGCCGCCUUUAUCCGUCUCCCUCCCUCUAUACACCAGGGAACAGACACCUCCGUACUCCAUAGCCCACACCCUUCCAUCCUCCAACCCCCACCCCCUCGCGGCAUCGAAAUCCAAGGACCCAUCCAUCCGUCCAUCCACCCUUCUUCCAUGGCUCGGUGAGCCGCCGGAGGGUCGCCGUUCUUGCGCUGCGGAGGAGGCAGCAGGGUUCUCUUCUAUCAACAAGUAUCAAUCCCCUCUGUUCCCCUGUCGAGGGGCAACAUAAACAAGGAGGAGGAGGAGGAGGAGGAGGAGGAGGAGGAGGAGGUUCGUUGCUUUCUCGUUCUUCCCGCGCGAGCAGUUCAAGGCCCUUAACAUUAAGAUUGGCGGUCACUCUUUGUCGAUGGCGAACACGGGUUUAUCACGGCGUAACUCUUGUCCAAAGGUUCACAGCUCAUUGUGCAGUGAGCUGACUAUGAUGCUAGAUAAAAUCUCCUCUAUUCUUCCAUCAAUUGAGGCAGCUCGGCCAGGAUGUAGAGCAGGAAUACAGGAAUUGUGCAACUUAUACCAUAUAGUUGAGAAAGGAAGACUCAUAACUCAGCACUGCAUCGAAUGUAGUAAACUCUACUUGGCAAUUACUGGAGAGGCGAUUUUAUUACGGUGUGAAAGGGUCAGAGACGCACUUAAACGGAGUCUCUUCCUGAUUCAGAAUAUGGUCCCAACAGUAUUAGCUAAUCAGAUUGCUGAGGUCCACAAUGAUCUCCGAGAUGUAAAAUUUUCUGUUGAUCCACUGGAACAAGAGGCUGGCAAAUCAAUUUUAGAGAUGCUUCGGCAAUCUGAUGCAACUGAAGAACUUCUACUUCAGACAUUCAUGCAGGCAGCUUCAAAGUUAAACCUGACAUCUCCUAAAGCUAUCUUAAUUGAAAGAAGAGCGAUCAGGAAACUGCUCGAUAAGAUUACUGGUACUGAUGCAAAAAAGGAGCAGGUUCUUAAGUUUCUCCUACAUCUUGUUACAAAGUAUGGAAAGAACGUCAAACCAGACACUGGUGAGCGGAAUGAAAAUUUACAAUCUGAAAGCAAGUCUUUGAGUCCAAGCUUAAGUCUUGCAAGCGAUGCCAGUACUCCUGAAAAGUGCGACAAGCCAACAUACUUCCAGGGAUAUGAGUAUCAGAGUAGUAUGUCUGGAGAAACCACACCACCUACAGAGUUCUGUUGCCCAAUAUCAACAAAGCUAAUGCAUGAUCCUGUGAUAAUAACAUCUGGACAGACUUAUGAAAGAGAAUAUAUUGAGAAAUGGUUCAGUGAGGGAUACAACACUUGUCCCAAGACACAAAAAAAGCUAGAAAACUUUGCGAUGAUUCCUAAUACUUGCAUGAGGGAUCUCAUUUGCAAUUGGUGCAGAGAGCAUGGUUUCACAAUCUCAGAUUUCCUUCCAAGCAAAGAUUCCUACAGUUAUUUGCCAGAGCAAUUGCAUGGUCACUCUAUGUCAAGUUUGCACAAUGUGUCAGUGCCUCUGAUUGCUGGGAAUGGCAGGAAUUUUGUGAUUGACCACAGCAGUUCAUCUGUCGCAUUUUCUGAUGCCAGUUAUGUCUCAGAUUCCUCCCAUGUGAAAGAUAUGGAGGAGCCGAAGGAUAGUUUUUCUCAGUUCUCUUGGAGUGCAGACUAUCAGAAGCAUCUGUCAUUCCACAACUUCAACCAGGGCAUGUUCCUGACGUUCUUCUGCGAGCUGUCCAAGCUCCCAUUAGAAAUACAAGGAAGCUCCAUUAAAGAUCUGAAGAACAUUCUUCACGAUGACGAUGAUGUUUCCUGGGCUAUGGCGUCCCAUGGAUUUGUAGAAGCAUUCCUCGAAUUCUUGAGAAAUGAUAGCAGCAGCUACAGUAUGAAAGCUCAACAAGCUGGAUUACAUUUUUUUCUUAAUUUCCUUUCCAACAGCAGGGCUAAGAUUCCAUCCAUGGAUGAAGAAGCAUUCCGUCUUAUCACGUCCUUCCUCGGUUCGGAGCUAAAAACUGAAGCUUUGUUGGUACUCCAUGAACUGAUUCAACACCUGAGUCAUCAGCAAUCCCGUCAGAUGGCCUCUGUUGUCACUCCUCCAGUUUUGGCCAUAUUGGCACCUGAAGAUAUCGAGGGCCUUGAGCUUCCCUUGAAGAUUAUCUGUGAUCUUUCAUCCGAUGCUGAUGUGAAGUCAGAGCUGAUUUCACUGGGAAUAAUCUCAAAGCUGGUUCCCAUUUUGGCAGAAGGAAGCUUCGUCGAGUGCUGUUUGGAGAUUUUGCGGAACUUAUGCGACAUGGAAGAAGCUAUGGUGCUUAUUACCAGAACAGACCGAUGUCUUGGUUCCAUUGCAGAGUAUCUAGACACAGGAAGCCCUAAAGAACGAGAACUUGCGGUGAUAAUCCUUCUGGCAAUAUGUUCCCGUAGCGUGGAGGAUUGUUCCCAGGUGAUGAAGGAGGGCGUAAUCCCCGCCCUCGUGGACCUGUCGGUGAACGGGAUCGAUGAAGCGAAGAGCUGCUCGUUCAAGCUACUGAAUCUUCUGAGGGACAUGAGGCAAAGCGAGCUCAACAACUCCUGUUCCCAAGAAGUGGCGGCCGCCGCCGACGUGAUAGAGGAUCCUCCCACCGAGAGCCCGAUUCACAGGCGGCCAGCGUCGAAGUCAUCUGGUUUUUUCCAGAGGAAGCUCAACAUUUUCUCGAAACCUCGGUCCCUGACGCUGUUCUGAGGACCGAGGUUGUAGGCCCUGUACAUGUUAGCAGUAUACAACACUAACCGUUCUUUUUUUGGUUCUUGGCAUGGAUAGAUGGUAGCAGUUGUAUUGCCCAAAUGAAAUGCUUGGUGAGAUGUUCUUUAUCAUCCUCGAGUCUUUCAGUAUAUAUUGGUUAGCAGAUUUGUCAGUCUUGCUGAUUGUAGAUGUGUGUAUGAGAAGUAAAGAAAGACAGCUGGUAUAGUUCCAUCCA